AUGGCAUUUCUAUUUAACAGGAGCAGACAGCGGCAGCCCGCAGAGGUUGCAAGGACAACCAAAGACCUGCUGGUCAAGCUGCGGGAUGUCCCAGGAGAUGCAAAGGUGAACCCCUCAAAGGUCGAUACAUUACCCGACCAGGUACAGCAACUUGUCCACGCAUCAUUACAGGAAGACCUUCUCUACGAACUUGCGCGAUCUAUCCCUAAUCUACCGUUUGAAGCUCGCAAGGACACCCAGACCAUAUUCUCGCAUAUCCUCCGUUUCAGACCUGACACAUCGGCCGCGUCUUCAACUAUACCUAAUUCCGCGGGCGGUGGAGGUGCUGCUUCUGUCUCGUCUACAUCUGGUGACCCGCCCGUCAUUUCGUACGUCGUCCACAAGCGGCCCGAGAUCCUGACACAGCUAUGUCGAGGGUAUGAAAACAACAAAAGCGCAAUGCCAUGUGGCUCCAUUCUACGAGAAGCGCUAAAGUACGAGGUGGUGGCCGGUAUUAUCUUGUACGAUGAGUCUGGAGAGGGCGAAAGAGCAAUACGACUUAACGAGAUACAGCCAGGAAAGAAGCAGAGCGGGGAGGGACUGUUCUGGAGUUUUCUGGGCUGGAUCAACCAGAGUAGUUUUGAAGAUAUCUUGACUCGUCAUAAGGCACUGGUGGCCGGCUACCUAAGUGCCAACUUCGACCUGUUUUUCAGCAGAUACAACAACAUUUUGGUGCUGUCUGACUCAUACGUAACCAAGAGACAGAGUAUUAAGCUUUUGGGCGAGCUGCUGCUUGAUCGGGCCAACUACAAUGUCAUGACAGCGUACGUGGACAGUGGUGAUCACCUCAAACUAUGCAUGAACCUGCUUCGAGACGACCGCAAAAUGGUGCAAUAUGAGGGUUUCCACAUCUUCAAAGUAUUUGUGGCCAAUCCAAACAAAAGCGUGGCAGUCCAGCGGAUUCUAAUCAACAACCGAGAGAGACUGCUGAAAUUCCUUCCCAAGUUUCUGGAAGACCGGACAGACGAUGACCAGUUCACGGACGAGAAGAGCUUCCUAGUACGGCAGAUAGAAAACCUUCCUAGCCAGGCGCAGGCACAGUGA